GUCGGUUUCAAUAGUUUAGCCAGGGGCUUACGUAUAUUCUGAUUCAUGGAGUUAACGCCCAACCUUUCAAAUACAUUGAGACAUAUAAAGUCAACCGUGUCGAUUGCUUUAUUCACAUUAUUCAACUUUAGCAAUCGUUUAUCUUCACUAUGGCCGACAUAUUUGCACCUGCACCUGAGCCAGCCACUGAACUUGGCCGCUUUCGAAUCCUUUCCUCCACCGCGGGCAUUCGCGUUUCUCCUCUUCAGUUAGGAGCCAUGUCAAUUGGAGAUGCCUGGUCUGGCGUUUUGGGGUCCAUGGACAAGGAGUCUGCCUUCAAACUCCUGGAUGCAUACUAUGACGCUGGCGGCAAUUUCAUUGACACUGCAAAUAACUACCAAAACGAGCAAUCGGAAAGCUGGCUCGGUGAAUGGAUGGCUCUCCGAAAAAAUCGGGAUCAAGUGGUUAUCGCCACCAAAUUCACUUCGGAUUACAAAUCUCACAAAUUGGGAAAGGGAAAGGCUCCCAACCAUUGUGGAAAUCACAAGCGAAGUCUUCAUAUGAGCGUCCGGGACUCCCUUGAAAAGCUUCAAACCGACUGGAUUGAUAUUCUCUACUUGCACUGGUGGGAUUGGACUACUUCGAUCGAAGAAAUAAUGGACAGUCUACAUAUCCUUGUACAACAAGGAAAGGUGCUAUACCUUGGUAUUUCGGAUUCUCCAGCAUGGGUGGUGAGUGCCGCCAACUAUUAUGCCCGUGCUCAUGGAAAGACCCCGUUCAGCGUAUAUCAAGGAAGAUGGAACGUCAUGUCCAGAGACUUCGAACGCGAAAUCAUCCCCAUGGCUCGUCACUUUGGAAUGGCCUUGGCUCCAUGGGAUGUCCUGGGUGGUGGCAAGCUUCAGACUAAAGCAGCCGUCGAAGAACGCAAGAAAAAGGGUGAAACUUUACGAAGCUUUCAUGGAGCCGAGCAGACAGAGGCGGAAUUGAAAAUGAGUGAAGCAUUGGAAAAAGUAGCUGGAGAACAUAACAUCAAGUCUAUUACUGCCAUUGCUCUUGCCUAUGUCAUGGCCAAGGCUCCAAAUGUCUUCCCAUUAGUUGGUGGUAGAAAAGUCGAGCACCUUCAAGACAACAUACAGGCGUUGAAGAUCAAGCUUACAAAGGAUCAGAUCGCUUACUUGGAAAGUAUCUUGCCAUAUGAACCUGGUUUCCCUAACAACUUUGUUGGUGAGGAUCCCAAGACGACAGGUAAGUUUACCGGACUCACAGCUGCCAGUGCCCAAUUGGUCAUUGAACAGUCAGCCAAGCCUAUUGGGUAUGAAUAGAUAAAUCAUCAGGGUGGACAAAAUCAAAUAAAAUACCACUGUGUGGUCUUGUAAUUAAUGGACUACAUUGCAAAAUAAGUUAAAGAGAAAGAAACAAAGAUGGUUGGAUAUGGAAGAGCUGUAUACUCUUGUGAUAGUGGAUUUCUACUGCCAUGUUUCAUUCAAAUUGCUUCGCAGAGUUGUGUCAUGGAGCCUUUGAUUUCAUUCGAAAACAAAGUAGAGAUGAAAGAGCUGUCAAACCUUGAUAUAAACC